ACAAAUACGAGAACAUCUGCAGAUGCUAGAAAUCCAAAAUGCUGGAGGAACUCAGCGGCACCUGUGGAGAACCAGUCGACGUUUUGGGUGAGGCUGGUUACCAGGACAGUUCUUAAAUAGGCCAGCGAGGGGGUUAAGAACUGAACUUGUCAACUUCUAAAAAAGAAUCGGGAAUGAAACUGGUGAAUUUGGCAGAAUAACCCGGCCCGGGGGCAGACGAUUUAAUAUGGCUCAGUAGCACUAGCACACAUGCUGACGUGUGAACAACGCACUGUGUGAUUAAAUCAGACUCGAUCCCGCUAAUCUCCCGAUAUAAAUAGAAGCGCCGGGAUGCAGUGAAGACUGAUUCCUCUAGGAGCAUCUCGGAUACAUCUGAGCAUUGGCAGGCCUUCAAUCGCAGCACCAUGGAUUACGCCAAGCAGUUAGUGGCGGCGGAGAUUAACGGUGUGUGCUGUGCCAAGAAGUUGGUUGCCAAUUGUUUUGACGGGUUCAGUAAUUUGACUUUAGAGCCCAAGAAAGUCGCGGUUCAGUGGAGAGACGAGAAGGCGCGGAGCGGGGGGGAUGCCUUGGCGGAAUUGGAGGAAGCCUAUGCAACCAUCCUGAGAGGACUGGGGGAAAAUCCACAGAGGGAAGGACUGCUAAAGACUCCCCACAGAGCCGCGAAAGCCAUGCAGUUCUUCACUAAAGGUUAUCAGGACAAUAUUCCAGACAUAUUGAAUGAUGCUGUCUUUGAUGAGGACCACGAUGAAGUAGUUAUUGUGAAGGGUAUCGAAAUGUUUUCACUUUGUGAACAUCAUUUAGUUCCAUUUUUUGGCAAGGUACACAUAGGUUACCUACCAAAUAAAAAGGUGGUUGGACUAAGCAAACUAGCAAGAAUUGUUGAAAUCUACAGUAGAAGACUUCAAGUUCAAGAACGGUUGACCAAGCAAAUUGCUGUAGCCAUCACCGAGGCUUUGAAACCAGCUGGAGUAGCUGUUGUGAUAGAAGCCACGCACAUGUGUAUGGUGAUGCGAGGUGUGCAGAAAAUGAAUAGCAAGACAGUAACCAGCACAAUGCUUGGAGUUUUCCGUGAGGAUCAAAAGACACGGGAAGAAUUUCUCACACUGACAAAGGAGUAGAAGAAUCAUUUUCAAAGUCGGACUCUCUUCAAUUUUAGAGAUACUUCUGGCCUGUCAUGAAAAGAGGCUUGCAGUGAAAAUUCAAAGACAAUUGAUUCCUGCACUGAUUAAAUAGAUUUAAUUCAUCUACUGUAAUUCAAACAAUUGACCAAUGUUUUCCAAAAAUACUGUGUUUGCGUUUUUAAACUCUGUUUUAGUGUUUUCCCACCAUACCUGAGUGACAUAUAAUGCAUUAUCUUCUUUGUGUGUGAUGGUGAUUCACUUUGUACCUGUCAAUAUCCUUGUUGUGACUAACCGUAUAGUUCUGCAAUUUCAAUUAGCAUUCUAAAAAAAACUAUUCCUAAUCUUUUAGAAAUUUAUUUUUAAUAAUACAGUAAUUAUUAAACCAACAGAGCUGGCAGAUUACUUUAUUAAUCACCAAGCUUUAAUUUCAGGCAGUAAAGAUAUGGGGAAUGCACUGUGUGUCUCUUCAGAAAUCUAAUCACAUUUAUUUCUCUCUUUUUCAAAGUUCAAAGCCAGGGUAUGCAAUGGACUUUCACUUCUCCUAUCUGUCCUAACUGAUAAAUCAGAAGUUUCCUCUCUAAUGGCUUCAAUGCUCUUGGUGUGAACCAAAUUUCUAAUUUUCUAUUAGAUGGAUACUUUAUUGAUCCCAAAGGAAAUUAGUGCCACAGAAGCAUUACAAGUGGACAGAUGUCAAAAUAACAAAUAUUAGAAGAGAAGCAAGAAAGAAUAAAACAUUAAAAAAAAUUAAGUUACCUCAAACAGUCUAAUAGGUGGGGGUCAUCACUCCCCCAGUUAUAGGUUGACUCAUUAUAGAGCCUUAUGCCUCAUCUAGUGCUCUUUGGAGCAGCACAGUUGUAUUAGUCUGUUACUAAAAGUGCUCCUCUGUUUAACAAAGGUGGCAUGCAGAGGGUGAGAAACAUUGUCCAGAACUGCCAGGAUUUUCCAGAGGGUCCUCCAGUUUGUCCAGUUUGAUUCCUACAGCAGAGCUGGGAAACACCCAAAUAGCUUUCAUACUGUAUGGAAAUACAUCUUCGCUGUGUACAAUUCCAAUUAAAGCACGUUUUGAGGGAUCAAACAGAAGAUGCUUCAUUUAAAUUCAGUCAUUCUGAGCAAAACUGGAAGUUUUUGACUUUCUGUACGUACAUUAAAUGCUCUGUGUUUUUAACGAGGACAAAACAGUAAGAGAGAAAAUUGUUUUAUUAUUCUCUUUAACAAUAUUUUUUAAGUGAUUGAGAAGUUUUACUUUUUUAUUUGUAUGCAAUUAUUGAGUGCGAUGUUCAGAUAUACACAUGUAUUGCAAACCUGCUAAAUUCUUGUUAGUAAUAGUCAGGAAAAUGGGAUAAUCAAUCAGCCGUGAUAGAAUAGUGGAAACUUAAUGAGCCGAAUGGCCUAAUUCUGCUUCUAUUUCUCAUCAUCUUAUAGUCUUACAAACCUACAUGUGCUGAAUUACUGAAACAACAUACCCCAGGGAUCAUCGUUCAUUUCCAGACCGUGUUGAGUUAGCUAAGCAGUCAUCAGCAAUCCUGAGGUAGUGAGGUUGUGAACUUUGGGUCAUUAUACUGUAAGUUGAUUCAAAUUCAAUUCCUCCAGCAUUUUGUGUGUGUUGCUCGGUUGUUGUAUGGGCUAAAUAUAUCCACAUUCUGGACUGAUGCAUAAAGAUGACAGCUUUAAUGGAGAAUAGCUGUUGCCAUUGUCAAUGUAGUUCAAUACUCAACAAGCAUGCACACCUCUUGGGGUGGAAUAAUGGAGAUAAAGAGUAGAAAGAAAAGAACAUUUCUCAUGUGGUGAAUAAUAAUCUAGCUACAUUAGUAAUUUGUCUGCAGUGCCGCAAAUUUAAAAUAAUGGCUGUUGAUAAUUAAAAAAUCAAUACAUUUACUGGUGUUGUAGCAUAAGAUGGAUGAAAACAAAUAAUCAGCCUGAAUUAAGUAAGUGGCAAAGAAAAUCGUACACCUCUGUCUUAUUUGAUUUGUACUAGUCCCCCACACGUUACAAAUAGAUUUCAGCCACAAUAUGGUCUCAUUGACUCCCUUGUCCAAAUACUUUGAAGAUCUUAGGAACAUAUUUAAAAUAAAUUCAUGUCUCCAACAAAUUAUCUAAAUUAUAGAUUAAUAUAUACUAUAACAGUAAUUUCAUGUUAUUUUGCUCUUACUAGUUGUAAUAUUGUACAUUACAUCACUACAAAUCAGAUCAAAAAUACAAUGCUCACCUCCUUUUGUACAAAGUUUUAUAUUAACGAUACAUAUUUCCAUUUUUACUAGAUCACAGCCUUUUAUCAGCUGAAUAAUCUAAAUUCAAUGCUAAUAUUUUACUUCAUACUUUAUACUUCAUAAUACAACAGAUUCUGAGACCAAGAGUCUGUGGAAUGGAAGUAGCAUUUGUGAAACAUGACUAAAGGACAUCCCAAAGUGCUUUACAACCCAUGAAGUUCCUUUUGUAAGAUAGCUGUCAACUUGCACGGUGUAAUGUGAGAAAUCAUUAGGUAGUCUUUGUUAGAUAUUGCAUAAGGAACAGGGUAGUAUAAUAGGGAGAAUGCCUCUACUUGUGCUCUGGACUUUUUUUCAUAUACCUGAGAGGGAACCAAAGGAUAACAAUCUAAUUUACCUUUCAUAUGUAAUAGAGUGUCCUCUAAGCUAAGACACCAGAUAUAAAUAUAAAAUAUAUACAAAAGAUAAUGGUACUCAUGUUUUGUAACCCAUGUCAUUUUUCAAAAUGACACACGAUGUGGCCUUAAUAAGUUCUAAUUGUAUUAUGUAAAAUAUCUUGAAAUAUAAAAAUGACACAAAUAUUUCAUUAUUCUGUUAGCCACUAUCACUUAAAUGUUUGUAUUUCUGCUGCAGAUACGUGAUUACACAAUUUCUUAUGUAUUACAGUACUAAAUCACUGAUUUUUUAGCCUUGUCACCCUUGGAAAGUCUUUUAAUUUUAAAUCUACCAUUUCUGUAUACGUGUGGAAAUAACUUGUGCCUUUUUAAUUUGUGCAAUAGGUAAGAAUUGUUAUGGGGAUUGUUUCAUAUAUCAUUAUUUUAGGAAAAAAUGUAAUACAGAAUUUGUUUUUUAUUUUGCUUCUGCUUGUCUGUAACAAUGUUGAAGUGAAUUACUAAAAUAUAUCAAAAUAUAAGUUGCUUC